AUGAGCGAAGGCAGCAAAGGGCCUACGAGAAAGCCUACCAAGAGCAGAGGGGCGUACGAGGAGCAGCAGGCCUUUGAAGAGCACACUCGAUGCAUCAGAUCUAUCAGAGCACCACUCCCACUGCCUGCCCAACCCACACAGAAAGUGGCCUCCCCUCUGCUCUCUCCAGCAGCUGCACCAAUUCAGCCUCACCACUCCUCCUCUGAGCUCCUCCACCAGACCCCCCACACGCACAACGGCUCCACCGAGCUGCUGUUCACCAAACCAGACCCACCUCUGCCCCCCGUUCACCUGAGCCGGGACAGCCACUUCGCACCAGAGCCGGCGCAGAGACCUCACUCCGUCCAGCAAACUCACCACCAGAUCCAGCACAUACAUCACAUGACCCCACAGCCGCCAUCGCAGGAUCACCCUCACCAGAUCCACGUCAUUCACCCGCCACAGCAACAACAGCAUAGGCCUCAGCCGCUGCUUUCAACUUUCCAACCUCUCCAGCCCACCCCGCCCCCGCUGUCUCACCCAAGCUUCCAGCCGGUCAUGAGCCAGGCAGCCAAUCAGAUCGGUCGGCCUCAGUCUCAGCCCUCUCAUCACCUGCUCCACUCCCAGCCUCCACCUUCAGCCCACCAUCACAAACUGCAGAAUCCCCACAGUGACAGUCGGCAGCCUCAGUCUCUGCCCCACUCGCUGUCUGAUCCGGAGCGUCUCGACCCCCCGGCUCCUCCGCCGUUGCCCCCUCCUUGCUCUCCCCCUCCUCUGCCCCGUCCCAGUCUGUCCCGGAUGGACUCACAUCAUCUGAGCGUCAAGAGGCUGCGCUGGGAGCAGGUGGAGAACUCAGAGGCACAAUAUCGGGGACAGCUUGGGGCAAGUUCAGACUAUGAUAAACUGCAUGACAUCGCAAUCCUGAGCGCACACCUGAAGCUGUGUCCUGGAGAGCUGCACAAGUGCUGCUGGAGGAUGACCUCUGAUCGUCUGGAGCCGUCCCACAUCAAACAGCUGCUUCUGUACAGCCCUGACCAAGACGAGCUGCACAAGUAUGAAGAGUACAGGCAGAACCCCGGCAAACUGAGUGAGCCCGACCAGUUUGUGCUGCAGAUGUUGUCAGUGCCAGAGUACAAAACACGUCUGCAGUGUCUCCUCUUCAAGUGCACUCUGCCGGAGAAGAUCGAAGAGCUGAAAGGAGCUUAUGAGUGUACUUAUAAUGCUUCUAUGGAGCUAAAAACUAGCAAGAAGCUCGCCAAGAUACUUGAGUUUGUGCUGGCUAUGGGGAAUUACUUGAAUAACAGCCAACCUAAAACCAACAAGACGACCGGCUUCAAGAUCAAUUUUUUAACUGAGUCUGUGGAGUCGUUACAACAGAGGUCUGUGGAGGAGUUCCUCAAAACGGCCUCUUACUUUGGAGAAGACGGGAAAUCCACCAGCUCAGAGGCCUUCUUUGGCAUCUUUGCGGAAUUCAUAUCAAAGUUCGAGGCGAGUUGA